AUGCUUCUUUCUCCCCCUCGGUCUGAACACUUGUCUCACCCUCGGUCUGAACACCCGUCCCCCUCUUGGUCUGAACACCUGUCUCCCUCUCGGUCUGAACACUUGUCUCCCCCUCGGUCUGAACACUCGUCUCCCCCUCAGUAUGAACACCCGUCUCCCCCUCGGUCUGAACACCCGUCUCCCCCUCGGUCUGAACACCCGUCUCCCCCUCAGUCUGAACACCCGUCUCCUCCUCGGUCUGAACACCCAUCUCCUCCUCGGUAUGAACACCCGUCUCCCCCUCGUCUCCUCCUCGGUCUGAACACCCGUCUCCCCCUCUCUGAACACCUGUCUCACCCUCGGUCUGAACACCUGUCUCCUCCUCGGUCUGAACACCUGUCUCACCCUCGGUCUGAACACCUGUCUCACCCUCGGUCUGAACACCUGUCUCCUCCUCGGUCUGAACACCUGUCUCACCCUCGGUCUGAACACCUGUCUCACCCUCGGUCUGAACACCUGUCUCACCCUCGGUCUGAACACCUGUCUCACCCUCGGUCUGAACACCCGUCUCCUCCUCGGUAUGAACACCCGUCUCCCCCUCGUCUCCUCCUCGGUCUGAACACCCGUCUCCCCCUCGUCUCCCCCUCGGCCUGA